AUGGCCUAUGGGAUGUCUUUUCCACCGACAUCGCAUUAUGCGUUCGGUUACGGUACGUCCUGCUCAACAGAAUCGUUUGUGAGGCAACAACAAGUGGAACCGAUGAACAAUUUAUCACAACCGAUUCAGUUACCACUUCGUGAUGAAUUGAAUACCGAUAGUGUUGGCGUUCUAUCGGAGCUUAGCCCAGAAUCUUCACCUGGCUCAACUGAAUUAUCAACGACUGUCUCUAAACCAUGCGAUUUCGCAGCCGAAGGCUGUCAGCCACGCUCGCUGAGCGUUCUAACUGCAUACCGAAUGCCAUCAUCAAGUGCACUGUACAAUAAUCACGGCUCAUUAUCCUCGCAUUCGGAUAGCUUCUGUACGGUGCCUGGCCGCACCUCAUUGCUGAGCUCAACAACUAAAUACCAUGUAACGGUUGGUGAAAUCCAACGACGUAUCUCACCUCCAGAAUGCUUGAAUGCUUCUCUUCUUGGCGGUAUCUUAAGGAAAGCAAAAUCGAAGGAUGGCGGAAAAACACUUCGAGAUAGUCUUAAACAAGUUGGUUUAACACUGCCAGCUGGGCGAAGGAAAGCGGCCACUGUGACAGCGUGGACAGCCUUAGUUGAAGGUAAUUCGCAUUUGCUUUCUGGCUCAAUGCGUUAA